CCCAAAGUUCUUCCCGGUCUCGGUAUCUUCCUUUCCCCAUUGACUGAUGACUCAAUGUACCUUCCCUACACAUUAUCAGCGACUUGAGGAUUCAGGCCUUGGUUGCUAGUUUGAACGUUCGUGAUGAAUCUUGCGCUGACCCUCUCAAUGCUAUUGGAUGAGGCAUUCCCCGGGACACAGUUAUCUCGACUCAAUGGCCCCCUUAGUUCGUUCCUCCAGAAUGAUGCAUUGGGAUAUUGUUCUGUCCUGCCUUGUUAUAAAGUCGACCGCGAUCCCCGCAGUCCUCCCCUCGCAGGGCAGACACACUUCGUUCCACAUACCCCGAGUCGACGAUGGGAAGAAUCUUCUCCCCCUCCUCAUUGCUGGGCGUCAGCAGUGCGUGGUUGGUGUAUUUGUAUUUUAGCCCACUGAAGUCAUAUGUCUCACAAUUCACUGGCAAUGCUUCCCUUUCGGGUUGGAUCAUAUUCAUCACGACCUUGGGGCUUCUACUGUACACAUUCUGGAGGAAUAUUUGGACGUACAUGCUCUUUGCCUGGUAUUGUUUCAUCGUCCCACUGGGAGAUACCAACGACCAAAAAGCUCGCCUCGAUAAGUUCUACCAAGGACAAGCCCAAGUUUAUGAUCAAACUAGAUCUGGCUUAUUGCGUGGGCGAAAGACAAUGCUCUCCAUGAGCGCCGCUCAUCUUCAUCUCCUCCGGGAAGGGAACCCGGAGAAGCGCUUGAUCUGGGUUGACAUCGGUGGAGGGACUGGAUGGAACAUCGAAACGAUGGAUUUAUAUUUCCCCAUUUCCUCCUUCGAUGCUGUAUACCUAAUAGACCUCUGCGAACCACUAUUACAAAUGGCCCGAAGGAGAUUUGAAGCCAAAGGAUGGACAAAUAUUAUUUGCCUUUGCCAAGACGCCACUGAAUUCUCCCUUCCCGAGUGGAGUGACGGUGUUCAUCCCCGUGGGAGUGUCAGCUUCGUGACGUUGAGCUAUUCUUUAUCGAUGAUCCCUUCGUAUCAUUCACUACUGGAUGUGGUGGAUUAUAUUUUAGAUCCACAGGAUGGUUUGUUUUCUGUUGUGGAUUUCUACACCGCCGGAAAGGAACCGUCUCCUCACGAAAAAGCAAUUGGCGGGGAUUCGAAAAAAUGCGGGUGGCUUAGUCGAUGGUUCUGGCAGAUAUGGUUUGAUUUCGACCACGUCGACCUAUCCCCUGGCAGAAGAAAUUAUCUCGAAUACCGAUUUGGAACGAUUAAAUCGUUCAAUGGCCGUAACGGGUUCAUCAUCCCUCUCAUCGUUCGAAUUCCCUAUUAUAUCUGGUUAGGUUGUUCCCGUGAUCGGGAUCCUGCUCUCCAUCCCAGACGCCGCGCUCAGCAUAAAUUGGUGCUGGAGGGGGAGAAAAUUUGUGAUGGGAGCCCGGGGAGCGUCAAUUCCAGUUCAGACACACUUACCGACGGACAGGGUGAGGAUGCACCGAUGAGUUUGAAUCUUGCGACUACUGCCGGUGGAGUCGCAGCAGUAGGGGGUGGGCCGCCGGUAUUAGGAGUGAACGUCGAGGAGUCUGGAGUGGGUAUGCCUUUGAUUGGGACAAAGCCAAAGAACGCGUUCUAUUAUCAUAUUGCGAGCCCCUGGCGGAUGCCAUAUCUCGAGUCACCCAUCCACUCGGAAUUCCGGACGUUUAUCUAUUCCUUCACCUGGGAAGACCCCGCUAAAGAUCUGGAUUAUCUUGAUAUUGGUCCCAAGGACACAGUCUUUGCUAUCACGAGUGCGGGGGAUAAUAUUCUCCAUUACGCUAUCAACGCGAGACCUGGGAAGAUUCACACUGUCGAUAUGAAUCCAUGCCAAGGACAUCUCCUCGAACUUAAGCUUGCUUCUAUAAAGGCAUUGUCAUACCCCACAUUUUUCUCUAUGUUCGGCACGGGUUUCCUACCGACCUUCCGUACUCUCCUCUCGUCUCAAAUAUCACCUUUCCUUUCAUCCGCGGCAUUCCAAUUUUGGUCCGUCAACGCCAAUGCAUUCAAUUCAUCGUUCUAUUUGCGGGGAUACUCAGGGUGGGCAUUACGGAUUGCGAAGUGGUUAUUUUGGGCUACGGGGAUGAGUGGUGAGGUCAGAAGAAUCUGUGAGGCGGAGACUUUGAUGGAACAGGACGAGAUUUGGAGGAGAAGCUUGAGGAAGGUGUUCGUUGAAGGGCAGUUUGUGAGAUGGUUGGUCAACAACCCUGUUUUUUUGUGGAAUGCACUGGGGGUCCCACAGAACCAGAAGAAAGCAUUUACCGAUGAAGGAACGGUUCACGACUUCAUUAAGGAUACCCUCGACCCAAUUGGAUCUCAUGCUCUUUUAAGCAGAGGAGCAUAUCAUUACCUACUCUGCUUGAUGGGUUGUUAUACGCCUCAAUCUUGUCCGGAUUAUUUGACACGUCGAGGAUUCGAUGCUCUCAGGGCGAAUGAUGGGGAGCUCAUGAAUUCUAUCAGUGUUCACACUGAUAGCAUUGUUAAUGUCCUUGGCAGAUUAGAUGCAAACUCUGUCACACGGGCCAUCAUUAUGGACCAUCUGUACGUCCUCUCGCUCGACGAGGAGGUUCAUCAGUUCCGUCGUGUCUUGCCUUCUGGUGGGGUUGUGAUGUGGCGCUCGGCAGCGAAGCUCCCCUGGUAUAAUUCCGUGUUCGAGCAAGCCGGGUUCAUAGUAACUCCUUUGGGCAUCCGAACUGGGCCAUGCAAGGCGGUCGACCGUGUCAAUAUGUACGCUUCAUGUUGGAAGGCUGUAAAGCCAUGAGUUCGUCAUUGGGCAUAUUUAUUUUCUCGAGAUGCUAUGAUACAGUACAAGGGAUGGCUUGCAUACCGAUUCUUGACAGCAUUUAUGGCCUCAGGUUCUCCUCUAGGUGUACAAUAAACUUUCUGGCAACCGUGUUCUCGUUCCAGUUAAUGUCUGCUUGU